AUGAGUACUGGUGGUAUAACAUUACUUAUCUCGGAGGGCACACAACCGAAUACAUUCUACGGCCAACAAACCAUCGGGAAGGUUUUGUACAUAUUCGACCUCGUGCUUUUCACCCUGGUCACCGGCGCUCUUGUCACCCGUUUCAUCAAAUACAAAGGCACAUUCCUGGCCUCCCUCACACACCCAACCGAAGGCCUCUUCUCGGCCUGUUUCUUCCUCUCCCUAGCAAGCAUCAUAGGAUCUGUCGUUCGCUACGGUAUCCCGAACUGCGGUUACUGGCUGGUCGUGGUCUGGAGGAUCCUCUUCUGGGUCUAUUUCGCCGCUACAUUCAUCUACGCUGUGGGAAUGUACCUGGUCCUUUUUGCGUCACCCAAACUGAAAAUUGACGACAUGACGCCUGCUUGGGAUCUCCCGAUCUUCCCCUUCAUGCUCUCGGGCACGAUCGCAACCAUCGGAGCUGGCAGCUCCGGCGGACAGCCGGCAGAUCAGGCGAUACCGAUGAUUGUAGCGGGGUUGACGGCGCAAGGACUCGGGAUGCUGGUUUCUAUCAUGAUGUAUGCAUGUUACAUCCGCCGCAUGGUCCAGUUCGGACUGCCGAGCCCUCACUCCCGGCCCGCGAUGUUCAUUGCCGUCGGACCACCCGGGUUUACUGCUUUGGCGCUCAUUGGCCUGGCGAAGGCGUGGCCAACCCACUAUUAUAACUACUUCGGUGACGACGAGGUGACGAGUCAGAUACUGCAGGUUAUGGCGACGAUGACGGGCGUCUUCAUAUGGUCUUCAGCUUUCUGGUUCUUCUGCCUUGCCCUGGCGUCUUGUCUGAUGUGCUGGAGAGCUAUUUCCUUCUCGAUGAGCUGGUAUGCCUGCAUUUUUCCUAAUGUUGGGUUCACGAUAGCCACUAUCAACAUCGGCCAAGCGUUUGAAAGUAAGGCUAUCCAGUGGGUGGGGACGGCGAUGACGCUCAUACUCAUAUGUGUAUAUCUGUCUGUAUUCGUUUGCCAGAUGAGGGCUUUGAUCCGAGCAGAGGUGGUGGCUGAGGGCAAAGACGAGGAUAUUUAUAUCAAUGAGCUCAGGCACAAGUACGGAAAGGUGAAGUGGACUGAGAACGAUGCAGAGAAGCAGGCGUAG